GAGCGUAGUAGGAUAUGGUCUCAUGAGGGAGUGUUGGAUGUAUCGGAUACAAAGAUGGGAAAAAGAAAAGUUGAAGGUCUUAAUAUUGACUUUGAAGAUAGCUCAAGAAGCCAAUGUUUGGUGCAUGACGGAUUUGCCGAAAUGACUAAACUAAGGUUACUUCGAGUUGAUUAUGCACAUUUUGCUGAAAAUUUCACACAUCCUUUUUCACAACUGAGAUGGCUUAGUUGGAUGGGAUGCCCUAUGCAAUUUACAGUAACCAAUUUUGAUCCAAGGAAACUGGUUGUUCUUAAUCUAUCAUGUAGUGAGAUCACAGAACACUGGUUGGGUUGGAACCACAUCAAGAAUGCCGCAAAUCUAAAAGUUCUAGAUCUCACUUCGUGCAAAAAGCUAUCAAGAACACCUGAUCUUUCGGCAAAUAGAUGCUUGGAGAUAUUGAUUCUUACAGGCUGUAGGAAGUUGGUAGACAUUGAUGCAUCCAUUGGUCUUCUUGGGAGGUUAAGAGUUUUCGAUGCUUCGGAAUCCCUUAGAAUUAAAUCAUUCUCAGUUGAGCUUUCAAACCUUACAAAUUUAGAGAUAUUGAGCCUUGAAUUCCAUAAGAAUCUGAAGGAGAUACCAAGUGAUAUUGAGAAAUUGGCAAAAUUGAAAUCUUUGAAGUUUUCCUCUGGCGGCUUCAGAGUGUUACCAGCUGCCUUCAAUGCUCUUACUUGUCUUGAGGCUCUCAGUUUUAGUGUAUGUUGGGACCUUCAGCAUAUCUCAAUUCUUCCCUCAAGUUUAACCUGCCUGAGGGCUACAUCCUGCUGGUCACUAACCGAGAUUCCAGGUAUCAACGGAUUGGAAUCAUUGGAAAUCUUGGAUCUUGCAUUGUGCAGCAGUUUGGAAAGAUUGCCAGAUCUAUCACAAUUUAAAAAAUUGAAGUACUUAUGUGUCCAGUCCUGCAAAAGUCUAACAGAGAUUCCAGGAGUGGACAAAUUGGAAUCAUUGGAAGAAUUAGAUAUUAGUGACUGCAUAUGGUUGGAAACAUUACCAGAUUUGUCAAAUUUGAAGAAAUUGAAGAGUUUAAACGCUUAUUGCUGCUGUAUGCUAUCAGAGAUUCCAGGUCUCAAUGGAUUGGAAGAAUCCUUGGAACAAUUGGAUAUUAGUUGGUGUGAGUCUUUGGAGGGAUUGCCAGAUUUGUCAAAAUUUAAAAAAUUGAAGAAGCUAAGGGCUAAACUCAGUGAGGAACUAACCAAGUUUGUAGGAGUUGAGGGAUUGAAAUGCUUGGAAGAAAAAUGUGAUCAUGCCACUGAGAGUUUUAUAGGGUUGUUCACCAAAAUGGAAGGGAAGAAGCGUAUUAUGGACUCAAUAGAUUCGAAAAGAAGACAGAGAAUAGUGAGGGGCGAGAGAGAAGGGGCUGCUGGUGAAGUAUCUGCUGUCAGUUCAGAGAAUCUUCCUCCCAAAAGGGAAAUACCUGAAGGAGGAGGGAUGAAAAGUACCAAAGGAAGGGGAAGGGGAAGGGGAAAGAGAAAGGGAAGGAAGCUCCUACAAAAAGUAUCCCCAAUGAAUUUCUUCCGUCAGUGUUCUUUGAAAAGAAGUAAAGGGAUUGGAUCUUGUGGUAGUUACCUCUGCAUUCAGAUUCCUUAUCUGGUCCGCAUAAUGUCAUGUGGCAAAUCAAAACAAAGGUCUACCCAAUAAAGUAGCCGCCAGCCUGCCAUUCAUUCCAGCUCUCUUGCGUAAUGGGCGUCUUCCUCGGAUUGACUGCACCAUACGUAAAGGGGGCUGUUUUCUGUUUCUGAAGAUUUGGUAGUAUUGGGUGAGGCCUGCCUGUUCUUUUGGUGGAUUUCCUUGUUGCAGCAUGGCGCUCUCACUUUCUUGUAGCGUAUCUCGCUGCUCAUGUGGGUGUGCUUCUGUUUUUUUUUUUUUUCAGGGGUAUGAAACUUCUUGUGGUUUUGUAGCAUUGUAAUUUGAAUUAGGAUCUGAUGGAGAUAUGCCACCUCACCGUAACAACCUUGCCACCUCAGCAUACCAAUCUUGUAACAAAUCUAUAACAGACCACGUGAUGUCAAAGCUGAGAUCUGCUUAGUUCUAUGUCUAUUUCAUUCAUGGCAUCGUCACCUGCCGACACAAGCUCCGUCUCCGACGUUGCUCCGUUGUCUUCUUUGGUUGCGCCAAACGUUUUUGGUCACCUCUCGCUGAAACUCACUUCAACGAAUUACCUCCUCUGGCGAGCUCAAUUCCUUCCCCUUCUUAAAGGUUACAAUCUGCUCGGUUACAUUGAUGGAUCGUUUCAGUGACCAGCAACAUCUGAUUCUGCAAGUGCUCUUUGGGACAGGCAAGACCAGUUCAUUCUAAGCUGGAUUAUAUCUUCCCUAUCUAAGACUGAUAUUUCUCAUGUGGGAAAUAGAAAAGUUGAAGGUCUUAAUAUUGACUUUGAAGAUAGCUCAAGAAGCCAAUGUUUGGUGCAUGAAGGGUUUGCCAAAAUGACUGAAGCGUUUAAUGUUUACUUCGUGGGAAAAGCUAUCAAGAACACCUGAUCUUUCGGCAAAUAGAUGCUUGGAGAUAUUGAUUCUUACAGGCUGUGAGGAGUUGGUUGACAUUGAUGCAUCUGUUGGUCUUCUUGGGAGGUUAAGAGUUUUCGAUGCUUCGGAAUGCUUUAGAAUUGAAUCAUUCUCAAUUAAGCUUUCCAACCUGACAAAUUUAGAGAUAAUGAGCCUUGAAUUCCCUAUGGCCCUGGAGAAGAUACCAAGUGAUAUUGAGAAAUUGGGAAAAUUGAAAUCUUUGAAGUUUUCCUCUGCCGACUUGAGAGUCCUACCAGCUACCAUCAAUGCUCUUACUUGUCUUGAGUCUCUCAGUUUAAGUUGUCGGAGACUUGAGCAGAUUUCAAUUCUUCCCUCAAGUUUAACAUGCCAGAGGGCUACAUUCUGCUGGGCACUAACCGAGAUUCCAGGUACCAACGGAUUGGAAUCAUUGGAAAUAUUGGAUGUUUCUUGCAACAAUUUGAAAAGAUUGCCAGACCUAUCUCAAUUUAAAAAAUUGAAGUAUUUAUGUGUCCAAUACUGCCACAGGAUAACAGAGAUUCCAGGAGUGGGCAAAUUGGAAUCCUUGGAAGAAUUAGAUAUUAGUAGGUGCGAACGGUUGGAAACAUUACCAGAUUUGUCAAAUUUGAAGAAAUUGAAGAAUUUAAACGCUUAUUACUGCUAUAGGCUAUCAGAGAUUCCAGGUCUCAAUGGAUUGGAGGAAUCCUUGGAACAAUUGGAUAUUAGUUGGUUCGAGUCUUUGGAGGGAUUGCCAGAUUUGUCAAAAUUUAAAAAGUUGAAUAAGCUAAAGGCUAAACUCAGUGAGGAACAAACCAAGUUUCUAGGAGUUGAGGAAUUGAAAUGCGAUCAUGCCACUGAGAGUUUUGAGGAACCAGGGUUGUUCUUCAAAAGGGAUAUACGUAUUCUGGACCCAGGAAAAAGAAAAGUUGAAGCUCUUAAUAUUGACUUUGAAGAUAGCUCGAUGAGCCAAUGUUUGGUGAAUGAAGGAUUUGCUGAAAUGACUAAACUAAGGUUACUUCGUGUUGAUUAUGCACAGUUUGCUGAAAACUUCACGUAUAGUUUUUCACAACUGAGAUGGCUUAGUUGGAGAGGAUGCCCUAUCCAGUUCACACUAACCAAUUUUGAUCCAAGGAAACUGGUUGUUUUUAACCUGUCAUGUAGUGAGAUCACGGAACAGUGGUUGGACCUUUCAGCAAAUCGAUGGUUGGAGAUAUUGAUUCUUACGGACUCUGGAUAUUUCCUCGAUGUCGAUGCAUCUGUUGGUCUUCUCAAGAGAUUAACGGUUUUAGAUUUUUCUGAAUGCCAUUAUAUUAUUUCAUUUCCAAUUAAGCUUUCAAACCUAAUAAAUUUAGAGAUAUUGAGCCUUAAAGCCCUUGGGGAUUUGUUUGAUGAGUUACCGAGUGGUCUUGAGAAAGUGGCAAAAUUGAAGACUUUGAAGCUUUUCGAUAGCUACUUUAGAAUCCUACCAGCAACCAUCAAUGCUCUUACUUGUCUUGAGACCUUGGAUGUUGGAGAAUGCGUGUCUUUGGAAAGAUUGCCAAAUCUAUCAAAUUUUAAGAAAUUGAAGCACCUAAGAUUGGGAGGCUGUGUCAAUCUAACCGAGAUUCAAGGAGUGGACAAAUUGGAAUCCUUGGAAGAAUUAGAUAUUACCAAGUGUGUAUUGUUGGAAACAUUACCAGAUUUGUCAAAUCUGAAAAACUUGAAGAUCCUAAUCGCUCAUGCCUCCUUGUUGCUAGCUGAGAUUCCAGGUCUAAGUGGAUUGCAGGAAUCCUUGGAAAAAUUGGAUAUUAGUUGGUGCAAGUCUUUGGAAAGAUUACCAGAUUUGUCCAAUUUUAAAGAGUUGAAGAAGCUUAAGGCUGAAAUGACGUCCAAGAAUAAUGCUGGUUCUGCCUCUUCAAGUUCGAAGUUUGAAGUGUUCUUGAGCUUUCGCGGUAAAGACACUCGUACCAACUUCACCGAUCACCUCUACCAUGCCUUGCUUGAUGCUGGGAUUCACACUUUCAGGGACAACGAAGAACUCCUAAUGGGGAAGAAGCUUGUGCCGGAGCUAAUCGAUGCGAUCGAGCAGUCGAGAAUCUCUAUCCCCAUCUUCUCGGAGAACUAUGCAUCAAGUAAAUGGUGUCUCAAUGAGCUCACUAAGAUCUUUGAGUGCAAAAACACAACGGGUCAGGUGGUUCUGCCUAUUUUCUACAUUAUCGAACCCUCUGCAGUGCGAAACCAGACCGGGAGCUAUUCAGAGGCCUUUGAGAGACACCAGACUUGUUACGACUACACGACUGUGCAGAAGUGGAAGGAGGCCCUGAGAGAGUUUCUCUUUGUUUCUUUGGUAUUCAGAGUUAUUGUAAAGGCUUUUAGGCUUCUGAUCUGUAUAUGGGGCCUCUGGCAUGAAAGGAAGUUAAUAAAAUUAGUAGUUGCAACAGUUUGGAGUACAUUAAACAAAACACCCUCGAUUGUUUCUGAAAACCUAGUUGGAAUCCAACCUCAUAUUGAAAAAAUGUUAAGGUUGUUAAACAUUGAAUCUAAUGACAGAAAAAUUGUGGGGAUUAAUGGCUUUGGAGGCAUUGGCAAGACAACGAUCGCCAAGGCUGUCUACAAUACAAUAUUUUCUCACUUUGAAGGAUGUAGCUUUAUUGUAAAUGUUCGAGAAAUUGCUCAACGCCAUAACGGACUUAACCGUAUACAAAAUCAGCUUUGUCGUGACAUUCUAAAACAAGAAAACCCAAACAUUACUAGGGUUUAUGAUGGAUCUACUUUGAUCAAACAAAGAUUCCGCAAGAAAAAGGUUCUAAUUGUUCUUGACGACGUGGACCACGAUAGUCAGGUAAAUGCAUUAGUUGAAGAUUGUGAAUGGUUUGGUAUUGGAAGUAGGAUCAUUAUCACAACUAGAAAUAAGAGAAUCUUACUUGCUCAAAAAGCAGAAGGGAUCUAUGACCCCAAGGAAAUGGACUUAUAUCAAUCUCUUCAAAUUUUUAGCUGUCAUGCUUUUAGAAGGGACCAACCUCCAGAAGAUUAUUUGGAACUCUCAAAAGCUGUGGUAAAAACUACUGGAGGGCUACCCUUGGCUCUUCAAGUUGUGGGUUCAUCUUUAUUUUGCAUGGAAAAACCAGUUUGGCAAGGAAAAUUGGAGAAAUUGCAAAAUAUUCCAAAUAACGAGGUCAUGCGAAGAUUGAGAAUAAGUUAUGAUGGACUAGAUUAUGAGGAGAAACAGAUGUUUCUUGAUACUGCAUGUUUUUUAAUUGGAGCGCGUAAGGAUGUUGCAUGUUGCGCAUGGGAAGGGUGUAAAUUUUAUCCCAAAGUAGGACUUGACGUUCUCCGACUAAGAUCUUUGAUAACAAUUGGUGAAGAUGGUUAUUUGGGAAUGCAUGAUCAACUCCGGGAUCUUGGAAGGGAAAUCGUUCGUCAAGAAAAUAUAAGUGAGCCAUGGGAGCGUAGUAGAAUAUGGUUGCAAGAGGAAGCGUUGGAUGUAUUGAAUAUGAAGAUGGGAAAAAGAAAAAUUGAAGGACUCAUUAUUGACAUCAGAGAUAGAUCAAGGAGCCGGUGUUUGGUGAAUGAAGAAUUUGCUGAAAUGACUAAACUAAGGUUUCUUAGAGUCGAUUAUGCACAUUUUGCUGAAAAUUUCACACAUCCAUUUUCACAAUUGAGAUGGCUUAAGUGGAUGGGAUGCCCUAUGAAAUUCACACUAACCAAUUUUGAUCCAAGGAAACUGACUGUUCUUAAUCUGGCGUGUAGUGAGAUCACAGAACACUGGAUGGGUUGGAACAGCAUCAAGAUGGCAGUAAAUCUAAAAGUUCUAGAUCUCACGUCUUGUGAACAACUAUCAAGAACACCUGACCUUUCAGCAAAUAGAUGCUUGGAGAUAUUGAUUCUUACAGGCUGUAAGAAUUUAGUUGAGAUUGAUGCAUCCAUUGGUCUUUUGGAGAGGUUAAGAAUCUUAGAUGCUUCUCAAUGCUUUGCGAUUAAAUCAUUCCCAGUCAAGCUUUCAAACCUGAUAAAUUUAGAGAUAUUGAACCUUAAAGCCUGUGGGAAUCUAGAGGAGAUACCAAGUGAUAUUGAGAAAUUGGCAAAAUUGAAAAGUUUGAGGUUUUUCAAAAGCAAUUUUAGUGUACUACCAGCUACCAUCAGUACUCUUACUUGUCUUCAGGCACUUAGUUUAAGAGAAUGUGAGAAGCUUCGGCGCAUCUCAAUUCUUCCCUCAAGCUUAACCUGCCUGAGGGUUGAAUUCUGCUAUGGACUAACCGAGAUUCCAGGUGUUGAUGGAUUGGAAUCGUUGGAAAUCUUGGAUGUUGUUUUGUGCAGAUCUUUGGAAAGAUUACCAUAUCUAUCAAAUUUUAAAAAAUUGAAGCGCUUGUUAGUUGCAGGCUGCUUCAAUCUGACUGAGAUUCCAGGACUCGAAAAAUUGGAAUCCUUGGAAGAAUUAGAUAUUUCUUGGUGCAAUUGCUUGGGAAUAUUACCAGAUUUAUCAAAUUUGAAAAACUUAAAGAUUCUUAAAGCUUAUUAUUAUUGCUCCAAGCUAACAGAGAUUUCGGGUCUCAGUGGAUUGAAGGAAUCCUUGGAACAAUUGAAUAUUAGUUUUUGCGAGUCUUUGAAAAGAUUACCAGAUUUCUCAAAUUUUAAAAAGUUGAAUAAGCUGGAGGCUAUAUUCCUGCGGACAAAGAUUCCAACUGCCGAAGGGUUGGAAUACUUGGAAGAAGAUCUCGAUGCCAUUGGGGUUUUCAGCCAUGGUUUCAUGUAUUGGCAUGGUAUACGCUGUAUCGACGUAAGCAAAACAGAGGAGAUCAAAUUCAAAAGAAGGGUCAACUUUACCACUCCACGCUGGCGGGGAAAGCAGCAGCAACCGUCAAGGUUGUAAGAAAGAGGAUGGGUCUUCUGGUGUGCGCAAUCAGAUUUCUUCUCUGCUCCGCAUAUUACAGGUCUGACCUCUUCGGAGGAACUUCCAGUAUUCAUUCAUUCCAG